UUUGAAGCUUCAAGUGCAAAGUCAAGGGAUUUGCUGGCUCCUGUCCAUCUAGAAAGAAUUUUUGUCUUGUCCUCUGUUCUGUUGCGUUCUUUUCUGUUCGAGCGUCAUGGCUUCAAAGCGGAUUUUGAAGGAACUCAAGGAUUUGCAGAAAGAUCCACCCACUUCUUGCAGUGCUGGUCCUGUAGCUCAAGACAUGUUUCAUUGGCAAGCAACAAUCGUGGGCUCUUCCGAUAGCCCUUAUGUUGGAGGUGUAUUUUUAGUUACGAUUCAUUUUCCUCUGGACUACCCUUUCAAGCCUCCUAAGGUUGCAUUUAGAACCAAGGUCUUACAUCCAAACAUCAACAGCAACGAGAGCAUUUGUCUUGAUAUCCUAAAAGAACAAUGGAGCCCUGCACUAACCAUUUCCAAGGUCUGUCCUUACUCCUGCUAAUACCAUAGUUAAAAUAGUACAAUGUAUAAACAUUGUCAACAAAACUAACACUGGUGCAAAACAAGUUUUGCUCUCAAUCUGCUCCUUACUGACUGAUCCAAACCCCGACAACCCAC